UUCAAGGGAACAGUUAGCCGACAGCGGAGCCGUCACCUUCAUCGUACUUACGUUCAGUCUCUCUUCUGGCGGGAAGAACAAAAACACCGCAUUCUCUUCAAGCUUCUCAUACUUUAUGCUCCUAAAAACCAGCAACGCGAUGUCCCGGUUAACAGCAAAGAACGUCGUCGUAUCAGUCUCUGGCUGGCGGUAUUUGUUCCACUUUCUCCGGCCGCCUCUCCACCGCUACUGCUGCUCGGUUUCCUCCCCGCAUUUUCCCAUCACUUGGCGGAGUGACCAGAUUCAUUGCUUCAACCGGCGAAAGCUUUAUGCAACGUCUGCAAUUACAAACAGGCACUUAGAGAGUGUACCUGAAGAAAAGAGCUAUGCUCACAUUAUGUGGUGGAAGGAGACAGUGGAGAGGUCGAGAAAGCCUUCUUCCAUUAAACUAGUUAAGAGGCUCACAUAUUCUAAUUUGUUGGGUGUAAAUUCAGACUUAAGGAAUGGGAGUUUAAAAGAAGGAACACUUAAUUGGGAGAUGUUGCAGUUCAAGUCUAGAUUUCCUCGUGAGGUUUUGCUCUGCAGAGUAGGUGAGUUUUAUGAGGCCGUAGGUUUUGAUGCUUGUAUCCUUGUGGAAUAUGCUGGUUUAAAUCCAUGUGGUGGUCUUCGUUCAGACGGCAUACCGAAAGCUGGCUGUCCUGUUAUGAAUCUUAGACAGACUUUGGAUGACCUGACAAGUAAUGGAUUUUCAGUUUGCAUUGUUGAGGAAGUUCAAGGCCCAACUCAAGCUCGUUCUCGUAAAAGCCGCUUUAUAUCUGGGCAUGCACAUCCUGGCAAUCCUUACGUAUUUGGACUUGUUGGAGAUGAUCACGAUCUUGAUUUUCCAGAACCAAUGCCAGUAGUUGGAAUAUCUCAUUCAGCUAAGGGGUAUUGCAUCACAUCUGUUAUGGAAACUACGAAGACCUACUCCACUGAGGAUGGGCUUACUGAGGAAGCCUUGGUUACUAAGCUUCGGACUACUUUGUGCCAUCAUUUAUUUUUGCAUACUUCAUUGAAAAACAAUUCAUCAGGAACUUCUCGCUGGGGGGAGUUUGGUAAUGGUGGUCUGUUGUGGGGAGAAUGUAAUGCAAGAAACUAUGAGUGGUUGGAUGGUGAUCUAACCAAUGAGCUCUUGUCUAAGGUGAAGGAAAUUUAUGGUCUUGAUCUUAACGUCACAUUUAGAAAUGCUACUGUUGCAUCAGAAAACAGACCCCGUCCUUUGCACCUAGGAACUGCUACCCAGAUAGGUGCUAUUCCGACUGAAGGAAUUCCUUCUUUGCUAAAGGUGUUGCUUCCUGCACAUUGCACAGGUCUACCUGUCCUGUAUAUAAGAAAUCUGCUCUUGAAUCCACCUGCAUAUGAGAUUGCAUCCAAUAUACAACAAGCAUGCCGACUUAUGAUGAGCGUAACCUGUUCACUUCCUGAAUUUACUUGUGUCUCAUCCUCAAAGCUUGCCAAGUUGCUUGAGUUGAGGGAAGCAAAUCAUGUAGAGUUUUGCAGAAUAAAGACUAUGCUGGAUGAAAUACUGCAGAUGAAUAAACAUAAUGAACUUGCUCAAAUUCUACAUUUACUGAUAGAUCCUACUUGGGAGGCUACUGGUUUAAAAGUUGACUUUGAUUUGCUGGUAAAUGAAUGUAAGAAUGUGUCUAGUACAAUUGGUGAACUUAUUUUUCUAGAUGGAGAAAGUGAUCAGAAAACAAGUUCCUCUUCUAUUAUUCCUAAAGAUUUUUUUGAAGACACAGAGUCUUUAUGGAAAGGCCGUGUCAAGAGGGUUCAUUUGGAGGAAGCAUAUGCAGAAGUUGAGAGCGCAGCAGAUGCCCUAUCAUUAGUUGUUACAGAAGAUUUCCUGCCUAUUAUUUCGAGAGUAAAGGCCAUGAAUGCUCCACUUGGAGGGCCUAAGGGGGAGAUUUUGUAUGCUCGAGAUCAUCAGGCAGUAUGGUUCAAAGGGAAGCGUUUUAUUCCUUCUGUUUGGGCUGGGACCCCCGGAGAAGAUCAAAUUAAACGACUGAAACCUGCUGUGGACUCAAAGGGAAAGAAGGUUGGGGAUGAAUGGUUUACCACAAUGAAUGUGGAGAAAGCAUUAGCAAGGUAUCAUGAGGCUAAUGCUAAGGCCAAGCUGGAGGUACUGCAAUUGCUUAGAGGGCUUUCUUCUGCAUUACAAACUAAGAUCAAUAUUAUUGUCUUUGCAUCCAUGCUUGUUAUAAUUGCGAAGGCCUUGUUUGCUCUCGUGAGGUCGGUAAACUUACUUAUGUGAACAACAUGUUCCUCUUCCUGGGACCAUCUGUAAAUUGAUAUACUCCUGUGAAGGGAGGAGGAGGAAAUGGAUUUUCCCAAGCCUCAUGCAACUUCAUGGGUCCAAGGACUGCAAGCCACAUGGUGGGGUUAUUAUGAUGAAGAUAUCUGGUCUAUCCCCUUAUUGGUUUGAUGUAGUGCGAGGCAGCGCUGUACAAAAUUCAGUUGAUAUGCAAUCACUUUUUCUGCUAACCGGGCCAAAUGGAGGUGGAAAAUCAAGCUUGCUACGAUCAAUUUGUGCUGCUGCAUUGCUUGGGAUAUGUGGAUUCAUGAUUCCGGCUGAAUCAGCUGUCAUUCCUCAUUUUGAUUCCAUUAUGUUACACAUGAAAUCUUAUGAUAGCCCUGCUGAUGGAAAAAGCUCAUUCCAGAUUGAAAUGUCUGAAGUACGUUCCCUAAUUAAUGGAUGCACUUCAAGAAGCCUAGUACUUAUUGAUGAAAUAUGCAGAGGAACAGAAACAGCAAAAGGAACAUGUAUUGCUGGCAGUAUUAUAGAAACUCUGGAUGAGAUAGGCUGUUUGGGGAUUGUAUCAACCCACCUGCAUGGACUCUUUGAUUUGCAUUUGAAUACCAAAAAGACAGUGUGCAAAGCAAUGGGAACAGAUUAUAUUGAUGGUCAACCUGUACCGAAUUGGAAACUUGUGGAUGGAAUCUGUAGAGAAAGCCUUGCUUUUGAAACCGCUCAGCGAGAAGGAAUCCCUGAAAAGAUAAUUUGUAGGGCUGAACAGCUCUACCAAUCAUAUUAUUUUAUGCAAAGUUCAUCCUCAACGAAUAGAACCUCAGAACCAAAUCGUUUUACUGUUCAACCCAAUACAAGUAGCAGUGAUGAAGUGGCUGACAAAUUCAAUGGUUCAAAAGAAGAGUUCAUGUCUUCCACGAGAAAAUCAAACAUAAAGAAAAUCAUUUGGAAGGAACUAGAAAAUACUAUUACCACGAUUUGUCAGGAGAAGUUAAUGGAACUCCACAAGAUGAAACACCCGUCUGAACUUGCUGUUAAUUAUUUUAUGAUCUCUGUGAGAGAACAGCCCCCUCCAUCGACCAUUGGUACUUCAACUGUAUAUGUGAUGCUUAGACCAGAUAACAAACUUUAUGUUGGCCAGAGUGACGAUCUCGGGGGCCGAAUCCGUGCUCAUCGCUCAAACGAGGUAAUGGAGAAGGCAAGUUUCCUCUAUUUUUGUGUCCCUGGAAAAAGUGCAGCUUGCGAACUGGAAACACUUCUGAUAAACCAACUUCCCAAGCAUGGUUUUCAGCUGACUAAUGUUGCUGAUGGUAGACACAGAAAUUUCGGAACGUCUCAUCACUCCUUGGAGGCAGUGCCAAUAUAUAGAUGAACUAAUUCACCGCAUUGAUGUUAGGGUCUAGCUUUUGUAUAGUAGAAGUGUUUUUUCCGCACAAUUUUUGCUCAUGAUUUUGGGGGGCCUUGUAGGUUUCACAUUGGGCAGAGUGGCUGCAGCAGUUUUGUUCAAAUAUUAGUUGGUUGCUCCACUCAUUAUUCAGCCCUGUAUCUUUUUUACCCAUUUAAUUGAGAAAGCGUUCUGCUGCUACAUUAUAGCACGGGGUAUGCAUUUUUGGUUAUGUACAUAAAGAUCAUAUCUACUGGCUUGCAGAUGCAUUUGACUUCUCUGGCUUCUGUUAUAAUGCUGGAAAAAGGUAAAAAGCCAGAUCCGUCACAAUUCCGAUAACAUUUGUCAU